GCUCCUCCCUCUAGCAAUCAUCAAAAGAUUUGCUCACAUCAACAUCAGUCGACAGCUUCAGAGAACAUUCACAAGCGGAGGGCGAGAUAUAUAGAGUCCUUCAUCUACAGAAUAGUAGGCACGCAACUGAGUUCAGCUGAAGACUGACCAUGCUUCGCUUUGUAGCCACGGUGCUGUUGUUCAGUGCGGUGACCUGUCAGGACGACCUGGUCCUGAGGCUGACUAACCAACUCAAUGAUCUGAGGGCUCAGCUUGAUGCAAUCAAAGAACGAUGUUCAGACCUCGAUCCUUUAGGAGGGAUGGUAGAGGAAGAUGGCUAUUUUCUGGCCUUCAAGCUAUUCGCUGGGAACGGCAGGGACGCGUUCGGAAGUUAUGGUAGUUUAGAUGAGAACAACGACGUCGUCUUCCAGCGUUACGUCACGCCCUCGUCCUGUCGCCACACCGGAGCCUGCGGCCACAACUUCCGCGGAGACUUCCUGUUCUACUGGGACGAACUUCUCGUAGAUACUGUGAAGGUGAAUAUACACAAGAAUGGUGAGGUUGUGCACUACGCUGUGUUUAACGGAACUGGCUCGACCUACCUGAAUUGGUUCAACCAGACCAAACUUUUGGAAUCGUCUUGGCUAGACUUGAAAACAUCCUCAACGAAUUUCUUUUCUAUUUAUGGAAAUUCCAAACUGAGAAGACAGUUUUACAUCAGCUCUAACAGCACUGACUGUGGAAGUGAUGCCGGGUGGCUUGUCAUCAAAAACUCGAAGGAAAAAUGUUCCUGGGGCAAGCUGCCAAAAACUGCCAAAUACCCGGUCAUUUUCUAUGCCAAUCCCAACCACGCAGUCAAGUUUAGUUCUGGCGACCUCGGCCAGGCAGACUCCAUCAGCAUCUGGGUGAAGCUGCAAGGUGGUGUCAAGCCGAGACUGCCAUGCAUUGAAUGACCCUCCCUGGGACAGUACAAUGAGGAGAGAGCUGAUAAAUUGCUCCUCCACCAACACACAUGCAUGAAAACCUUAAACACUUUGCUGAAAUGUCGACUAGGAAAAUUUGAAGACUACAACAGUUAAUAAAUAAAGACACUUCAAAGCAA